UUAUCCAAGUUGCGAGCAUGGCUGUCCGAAAAUAUCUUGGCUGUGACGGGUUGGGCUAUUGCUAUUCCUGGCAUGAUCUUCGCUGCCAUUUCCUUGGUACCAGGCUUUGAGAGCCAAGACCUGUCCAAGCAGGCUCUAGAGUUGGCCCAGUGGACGGCUCUGAAAGACUAUAUCGAGCAAUGUCAGAGUGCUGCGUGCAACGAAGCACUGGCUUCAACUCUACCACCACCUCCGCAUGUCAAAUUCGAAUCACCUGAUAACGAUAAACCGCUCAUUUCUAGAGCUUUCACCAAGCUUCUCGAUGGGCACGAAACAUAUCUCCCUUUGGCAACACAAAGAGGGCCACUAACGCCAAUACAUAUUCUCGUUGUGGUACUGCUGCUUGUUUUGCCAGCCGUCUCGGUAGUAAGAUACUUGAGAUGGGAGAGCAACCGGAAAACUCUCCAUCGGAUGGAUGAGGAGGGGGUUUUCGUUGAUUUGCCAUGUGACACUCCGCCACCGAACUUCUUUAACAAGCAGCCGAAAAUCAUAAGGUCUCUCGACUCCUUACCAACUAAAAAAGGAAAAGAGCCGGUAGGCAUGUCGACCAAUUUCGAGGCGGCUCUAGGAGAUGAUGACGGUGGACUACGACGGCGCAAAAACACGCGGCCAAUACCAAUGUCCGAACGCGAAGAAGGUAAACUGUUCGCAUGUCCCUUUUUGAAAUUGGAUCCCUUCAAAAAUGAAAAAUGCUUCAAAUACAAUUUUCCCAGAGCGGCCGACCUUCAUCAUUUCUGCCUGAAGUGUUACGUUUCCUUCAAAGAGUCGUCCGACCUCGACGCUCAUACUAAGAUUGACACCUGCGAGCGUGCGUCCAACCCUGAACAAUUAUCUCGGCGGGAACUAGAAAUAUUACCCAACCUUUAUGAAAUCCGAAAACACCAAGAUCAAUCGGACACCGAGAGCACAGAGAGAUGGUAUUGGGUAUGGGAUACAUUUUUUUCAGCACACUCACGCCCUGAUUCACCAUACACACUUGGUCCAAUUGGGGAUUCCAUAGAAUAUCUCUUUCAUCAUGAUCUUUGGGAGAGUCUUCCUAUCAGAUUACGGCCUUAUAAUCUUGAUAUCGACGCAAAUACGUCAUCCAUAAUUAGAGCAUGCAUUAUGGAUAUGGUUUUCGAAAGAAUGAACACACAGAAAACUCGUCAUAAAUGA